GGCACCGAUGAGUUUUGUCCAAAAGCGUAAUUUGGCAACAGCCUCCAUUCAAAAUAUUGACACAAACAAACAACAGGUUAUGCUGCUUUACUAGUUUGUCAGUGCAAGAUGUAUCAAAGCGUUAGUAAAAAGGAAGGUUUUGGAGAGGUUAGGAGCAAACGGCAAGCCGGAAAGGAUGAGGGACCAUCUUUCGAUGUGAAACACUUGAAAACCUAUACCACAGAGCCGACGGACCCCGUACCUGUAAUCAAGGACGCCAUUCAGCUGUUGUCAAAACAGAAGAAUCUCCGAACACACGAUUAUCGACUUGCGAUACGCUUCGGCGAUGAGGAAAAUGUGGUCUCAUUAUACGAUUACUGGAUCGGAGAGCAAGAAGCGGAGCGAAUCCCAAUCAAAUUUAUCACCGAUGCCCAGUCACAAUUGGAAGGAGUACAAGAGGAAUUUGACAAUCUGUUGCUUUUUCGGGUUGAACCAAGUCCAUACACGUCGCCAGCACACGAGUUGCACAUAUUUAAAGUCCUACGUACUUCUGCUGAAGAUGCCGUCUCUGCUCUGGUGAGAGCAGGUGCCCGUCGAGGCCAUAUCUAUAAUGGAGCCAGCAAGCAGCUCCCGCCACCAGGUCCAAGUGAUUCACAGAGAUCUACAUACUCGCACGCGGAUCGUGGUCAACCGCAUCAAGAUUCGGGUAGCACGUUGAGAAGAAAUUCGGUUUUCGAUUUCCGGCAAUACUCUGACACGGAAUUCUCUUCUUCUGUUCCUGCUCAUCCGGAGGAGAUAAACACUGAUUGGCUUAAAGCUGAAGUGUCCCUGCUGAAUAAUUUAUUUGAUGAAAUCGAAGAAAACAUUCACAUCAUACGUGAUCGACCCAACGCACAACUUCGUCGACUAUCUGUCAUCGCGUCUAUGAGCAAAUCAUCCGGUAAAUCGUGGUCGAAGACCACGGCCAGCAAAGCUGGCACCUCGCAGAAACCACAAGCCAGUGAUCAGGAUUAUCAAGCAAGAGUCGUGGACUUUUUCCAAAAGACGAAAUUCGUCUGUAUUCUCUUGUCACGCAUAUCGGAUUACGUGAAAGAACCGCAAGCACCAGUUCUGAUUCGAAAUGUUUUUUCUCUACUCAGGGAGGGUUACCGGCUGUGUAGUGAAUCGAAUACAUCUGGACGCAAUCCCGCUCACAUGGUUCAUCAGCCCCGUCUACCGCGUGAGACACUGAAUUUUUUGAACACCCAUCUGACGGCAGCGCAGCGAUCUUUGCUGACGGAGCUCGGUUCGGCCUGGACGACUCCUAGAGAGGAAACGAAUGACCAGGAAGUUUACAUACCCACAUUUCGAAAAAACUUCAAAGUGAACGUCGAAGACUAUGAACCAUCACUAUUCCGCUACAAAGAACUCGGUGCGGAUUACAACCCAGAGCGGAGGUAUAUACGGAAGGUUAAGCUGGACGCCUUUGCAGAACAGCUGAUGGACGAACGGCUGCAUAUGGCCAAAGCGGUGCUCAACUUCAGGGCCAAAAGUGAUCGAGAAGUGUCAGUGAAUGUUGGCGAGUAUUUGGAACUGAUCGACGCUUCACGGGAUUGGUUCAAAGUGAGGAAUCAACGUAAUCAAAUCGGAUACUGCCCAAGCGCUGUACUGCGAGUAAUCGAACGCAAGGAUUCAUUUGGACAGGGUCCACCUGUCGCAUAUGGCUCGCUGUCUAGAUACUGAGCUCCACAGCUUCACCCAAAAUUACGUGUGCUUGCAUCUCCGUGCAGCAAACCAAGCACAAAGAUCUUUAACGCACCGACCUUGACGGCUUAUUUGCAGCUCAACAGUAUGGACAAACACAACCACGAUUUCAUCUGCAAAAACCACUAUAUGUUGCUUUAGUUGGCGUGUAUAACUGUCUGGUUUUUAUCCCACUGCCCUUGUCUAUUGUACUUGAACACAGUUUCAUUUGUAUUACAUGAGAUGUGUUAUCACAGCAACUCAUAUACAGCCUUUUUGUUAGUGAA